AUGCCUCAAGAGUAUCCUUUCAGCCGUGGAGUCCCCAAGGCAAAGGAAACUGGAUACUUGAACAAGCUACUGGGCCCAGCUACACAAAUCAGAGCCUCUACAAAGACAAUUCUGCCCCCCUCUUACCCCUCCACUUAUGCCCCGCUACAGGGCAAGUACACGCCUAUCCGCUUCUAUUAUUAUUUUUGCGUAUCCGCCAUGAGCGAUGAGAGCAGCGGAACGUAA